GUACUAGGAAUUUGGGCAACGACUGUUAUGUUAAUCAUUAGUACCAUACGUGUAUGGUUAAGAAGGGGUUCUAAAAAAAGCUUAAUUUUGAAGUAUGCACUUCAUUCUGCUAUAAUUAUUAUAGAUAUCGUAUUAGUAUUUCUUGAUUUUAGUCAUCGACAGACGUUAGAUUUUUAUCUUGUAAUGGCAACGCUUCCUUUAAUAUUUGCAAUACAUGGUGUUGUUGUAUUGAAGGUGGAUGCGGUUGCUGUAGUUGUUUCUAGUGGUUUCUUUGUUGUUGUGGAAGUUGUGGUACCGAUCCUUGUCGAUAUAGUAGUGAUGCAUAAAGCCAUGCUACUUGAAAUGUGUGACGCAUCCAUGUCCAUUACCUGCAUCGAUGAAAAAAGGAAUCUAAAAGAUUAUUAUCCAGAACGUUCAUGCUUAGUAACUGCUAUGGGAGGUUGGUGGUUCAUUAUUUCAAGUGCUGUAGCUAUUGGAAAUACGUUUAUGUAUAUUCAAUGUGAAAGUGAUGAAUUGGGACAAGCUCCGACUAUUAGUCACUAUUUGUCAUUCUGGUUUGGAGCUAUAUGGGACUUUAUAGAUU